CACUUUUGAGCCCUCAACUCUCUGUAUAUAAACACACCCGUAACCUCUCUCCCUAAACCACGAAAAACUUCUCUCUCACCCCUUAAAUCAUUCUCUGUCGGCCAUCUCUUUCACUAAUUUAGACUAACCCAUCUCUGCGCAAUCUCUCUUUAAACCCGGCCACCUUCAUGGCUAACGUCCAAGGAGGCCAAGAAGUGCCCGGAAUCAAGCUUUUUGGGACGACAAUUACGUUGCAGAAUAGACAAGUAAAGGAGGAACAGAAAGGACUAGAUCAAACGAUGGAGAAGAGGCCAGAUAAGAUCAUACCAUGCCCAAGAUGUAAGAGCAUGGAGACCAAGUUUUGUUACUUCAACAACUACAACGUUAAUCAGCCCAGACACUUCUGUAGAGGAUGCCAGAGGUACUGGACUGCCGGUGGGGCCCUCCGAAACGUGCCGAUAGGGGCCGGCAGGCGGAAGAUCAAGCCACCGUCCGGCGAGCUAGGCGGGUUCUCUGAGGGUUCCUUGUAUGAUGCUGCUGGGGUACUGCACAAGUUUGACCUGGAUGAGGUGCUGGAGGAGUGGCAUGUCGUGGCGGCAGAGGGCGGUUUCGGGCAUUUUUUCCCUGUUAAGCGGCGGAGGAGUUGCUCAGAUGGUUAAACAUUGAUGCAGUAGUUGAUCAUCCAGCUUUUUGAUCUGCUUUUAAAUUUCAGUAAGAUCAUCAUGAAGAUAUAUCCACAACACCAUGCUUUUUGAUAGACGAAUGGUGUAUAUGCAGUACAGACUGUUCGGCUCCACUAGAUUAUGUACUUAACUACAUCAAUAAUAUUAUUAGAAUAAAUUAUGUACAUCGAGAAAAGACCUAUCAUGUUUGGUGGUGGUA